UUAAACAAUGCAUAUAUAUACAGCAGUCGCGUGCAUCUGGCAACAUCAAGAGUUUAUAAACGAAAAUUCUAUCAUUUUCUUUUUGUUCUGGUGAGAUUGUAUAAGUUAUGAGGGAAAAAAGAAACUACUCACGCCUGCAUACCGCCCUAGUACAUCAUACAUAACUGGAAUGCAUGUACUGCGUAACGUGGAUAAGGCUGUAAAUUUAAACUUUAGGUACCUUUCCGCCGGGGCUGCUAGGUACAGGUAGGCACGCACCACCUUAUUCAAACAAUACCUUUCAACGCUUGCCAAACUACGUCAAAGCUUCUCCCAGCCUGUCAUUUUUCAGUGCAAUCAAAAGAACAAUUUCUUUCGGAACUCUGUUCUUAUUAUCAAUAGGUACAUAGGUACUUAGCUCUGCCGUCUCUAAGCCUCAUCGCCGCUUAGACCAAGCCAUUAAACCGAUCUUAAAACAGACGGCGAAUUCACAAUACGAUUGAUUAUCGGACAAGAACCAUCACUUUCAUCACCCUAUUAUCCAAUUCAUAAGAAUAAAGGGAAAAAACACAAUGGCAACCCGUCGCAUUAUUUCAACCGAGAAGACCAUUCUCGACAAAGAUGACGACGACCUCACCACCGACCAUGCCGGCCAGCCACAGUCGAGUAACACCGCGCCAGCCGUCCCUAUGGAUGUAAUUCUCAAGCUUUUAGCAUUUACUUUCGCCAUGGUAAUAGUACCAAUCGGUUCCUAUUUCCUAACGGUGAACACCAUUUUCAAAGGAAAUUCCACAUAUGCGGGUGGAUUGGCAGCUAUCAUGGCUAAUGUGGUGCUCAUAGGUUAUGUGAUUGUCGCUAUGAACGAAGACCAAUCAGACCAACUUGCGGCUAAGAAGAAAGGCGGGAAGAAAGAGUAAUCGAAAGGACUUAAGAGUCGCUUUGGAAUGUUCUCUGUCGGAGAUACGGGAUAUUGUGUAUCAUUACUCCGAGACGCAAAGUUUGGCCUUACUUUGAGGGAAGAGGCCAAAAUGCCGUAUACCAACUUAUUACUCUAUCUUGUCCUUUGUCAAAGGAAACCCGAGGGUCCUCUUUUUGUAAGAGUAUCACUCUGAACUCGUUAUUUACGGUCAUGGAAAUUCAGCAUGCAAUAUCAGUCAU